UCUAACGGGUCCAACGGAUCUCGGUUCCUUGCUUGGAGCUCGCACAGCCGCUGAGUGCCUCUUAUCUCAGGGAGGCUGAGGGCGAAUUCCAACGGAUCUGUAAAAUCCACAUCCCGGUGUCCUUUACAACCCAACGGACUUCUUAUUGGAUGUCACUCAUUUCGCUUUCUAUUCGACAGUAUUCGUGUCGUGUGAUAUGUACGGUUUCUAAAUCGUGAUAUUUUUUUUUUCUUCAUCUGCCGAUGAAGGAUCGAUCCGACCGCAACGUUGUGGAGAUUUCCCGGUGAGUUGACAGGUUCAACGCAAUAAACACGUUCGGCUCCCUCGCCAACCCGCUCUCCACACACCGCCGCCCGCCGUGACAAGUCCCACCCUCUCCCAGUCGCUGCGUGGACGUCGCCCGUGAGAGAAGCCGAGACGGUGACGGAGAGGAGAAGAAGAAGUCGGCUGUCGCUUUUUUCAGAAUAGCAAGCAGCAUCGCUAUAGGGCUGGCUGCCACAUAGCUCGAUACAACAAAAAAAAAACCGUUAGCGAGUCAAAAUAAAUAAGCGAUUGCUGGGGUUUUCCAAUCGGAUAAUAAUCGCUCUCUGUGGAUCCGGUCGCUACGCUGGCAAGGAGACGGACUAAGAAGAAGAGGCGAAAUAAAGAAGAGCAGGGAAGACACAUAGGAGGGGACUGGCUCGUCUAGCCGGCGGGACACAUUCACAUAUAGAUAGCAUCCUUCGCCUUGCGAGACACACAACACAGCCAUGAGUAUCGAGAUACCCGUGGGGCUGACCGAGCUGCUGCAGGGCUACACCGUGGAGGUGCUGCGACAGCGGCCCACGGACCUUGUGGAGUUCGCCGUACAGUACUUCACCCGCUUGCGGGACAACAGGAGUCAGGAUGGGGCGGGCGGCGGCGGCGGCAGUGGGAAGCCCACCAAGGGCGUGAUGUUUGACGGCGAGCCCAUGCAGACAGAGUCGAACGGCGAGGACGACGAUGACGACGAAGACUCCGACUUUGAGCCUCCUCCACCCAGCAGAUUCCACAGGAGAGUGUCAGUUUGUGCGGAGGCGUUCAACCCAGAUGAGGACGAGGAAGACACAGAGCCCAGAGUGGUUCAUCCUAAAACAGACGUGCAGCGCUGUCGACUGCAGGAGGCCUGCAAAGACAUCCUUCUGUUUAAGACACUAGACCAGGAGCAAUUCUCACAGGUCCUGGACGCCAUGUUUGAGCUGGUGGUCCAGGCAAAAGACCACGUCAUCGACCAGGGAGACGACGGAGACAACUUCUACGUCAUAGAGAGGGGUGUGUACGACAUCGUGGUGAAGGACGUGUGUGUGGGCCAGUACAACAACAAGGGCAGCUUCGGAGAGCUGGCGCUCUUGUACAACGCCCCGCGGGCCGCUACCAUCGCGGCGACCGAGGAGGGGGCGCUCUGGGGACUGGACCGUGCCACGUUCCGCAGACUCAUAGUGAAGAACAAUGCGAAGAAGAGGAGGAUGUAUGAAGCCUUCAUCGAGUCUGUGCCCCUACUGAAGAGCCUGGAGUUGUCGGAGCGGAUGAAGAUCGUGGACGUAUUAGGCAUGAAGCAGUUCACAGACUCAGAGAGGAUCAUCGUGCAGGGAGACAAGGCAGAUUGCUUCUACAUCGUUGAGUCCGGAGCGGUGAAGAUCAUGAUGAAGAGCAAAACCAAGGCGGACCAUGCGGACAACAUGGAGGUGGAGAUCGCUCGCUGUACCCGGGGUCACUACUUCGGAGAGCUGGCCCUGGUCACCAACAAGCCCCGUGCAGCCUCCGCCUACGCCGUCGGAGACGUCAAGCUUCUGGUUAUAGACAUACAGGCCUUUGAGCGACUGCUGGGCUCCUGCAAGGAGAUCAUGAAGAGGAACAUCUCCCACUACGAGGAGCAGCUGGUCGCACUCUUCGGCUCCAGCAUGGACCUCAGAGACUGAGACCCUCACUCCGGCUCCUCGCUGUGCCUUCUACACACACACACACACACACACACCACGCAAACACACACACACACACACACACACACACACACACACACACACACAAGUAUGCCGCAUGCACACACACACACACACACACACAAACACACUCAUCAACACACCCGCCGCCGUCGUCGAGGAAAAAGAAAACGAUAUGGACAUUACGCCGUUGUCACCCAAGCUCGAAUAAACUCUAAACCGGUGUCAUUUGCAUCGCAGUGUACACUGCUCCACACCGACGCUCCACACCAACGCUCUCCCUCUCCCUUCUUUUUCUUUUGAUAUGAACUCUAUACAAGCAUAGGAUUCAUAUAAAAACAAAACAAGGGAGAGUGGUUUAAGAAUCAGUCCACAGAUUUCUCAAGCCUCCUCAAGUC